AUCUCUGGAAACAUGGCUACAGAACAUGUUAAUGGAAAUGGUACUGAAGAGCCCAUGGAUACUACUUCUGCAGUUAUCCAUUCAGAAAAUUUUCAGACAUUGCUUGAUGCUGGUUUACCACAGAAAGUUGCUGAAAAACUAGAUGAAAUUUACGUUGCAGGGCUAGUUGCACAUAGUGAUUUAGAUGAAAGAGCUAUCGAAGCUUUAAAAGAGUUCAAUGAAGACGGCGCAUUGGCAGUUCUUCAACAAUUUAAGGAUAGUGAUCUCUCUCAUGUGCAGAACAAAAGUGCCUUUUUAUGUGGAGUCAUGAAGACUUACAGGCAGAGAGAGAAACAAGGGACCAAAGUAGCGGACUCCAGUAAAGGACCAGAUGAGUCAAAGAUUAAGGCACUCUUGGAAAGAACAGGCUAUACACUUGAUGUGACUACCGGACAGAGGAAGUAUGGGGGACCACCUCCAGAUUCCGUUUAUUCAGGUCAGCAGCCUUCUGUUGGCACCGAGAUAUUUGUGGGGAAGAUCCCCAGAGAUCUAUUUGAGGAUGAGCUUGUACCAUUAUUUGAGAAAGCUGGACCUAUAUGGGAUCUUCGUUUAAUGAUGGAUCCACUUACUGGUCUCAACAGAGGUUAUGCGUUUGUCACUUUUUGUACAAAAGAAGCAGCACAAGAGGCUGUUAAAUUGUAUAAUAAUCAUGAAAUUCGUUCCGGAAAGCACAUUGGUGUCUGCAUCUCAGUUGCCAACAAUAGGCUUUUUGUGGGCUCUAUUCCUAAGAGUAAAACCAAGGAACAGAUUCUUGAAGAAUUUAGUAAAGUGACAGAGGGUCUCACAGAUGUCAUUUUAUAUCACCAACCGGAUGACAAGAAAAAAAAUAGAGGCUUUUGCUUUCUUGAAUAUGAAGAUCACAAAACAGCUGCACAGGCAAGGCGUAGGUUAAUGAGUGGUAAAGUCAAAGUCUGGGGAAAUGUUGGAACUGUUGAAUGGGCUGAUCCCAUAGAAGAUCCUGAUCCUGAAGUUAUGGCAAAGGUAAAAGUGCUGUUUGUACGCAACCUUGCCAAUACUGUAACAGAAGAAAUUUUAGAAAAGUCAUUUAGUCAGUUUGGGAAACUGGAACGAGUGAAGAAACUAAAAGAUUAUGCUUUCAUUCAUUUUGAUGAGCGAGAUGGUGCAGUCAAGGCUAUGGAAGAAAUGAAUGGUAAAGACUUGGAGGGAGAAAAUAUUGAAAUUGUUUUUGCUAAGCCCCCGGAUCAGAAGAGGAAAGAAAGAAAAGCUCAGAGGCAAGCAGCAAAGAAUCAAAUGUAUGAUGAUUACUACUAUUAUGGUCCACCUCAUAUGCCUCCCCCAACAAGAGGUCGAGGGCGUGGAGGUAGAGGUGGCUAUGGAUAUCCUCCAGAUUAUUAUGGAUAUGAAGAUUAUUAUGAUUAUUAUGGUUAUGAUUACCAUAACUAUCGUGGUGGAUAUGAAGAUCCAUACUAUGGUUAUGAAGAUUUUCAAGUUGGAGCUAGAGGAAGGGGUGGUAGAGGAGCAAGGGGUGCUGCUCCAUCAAGAGGUCGUGGGGCUGCUCCUCCCCGUGGUAGAGCCGGUUAUUCACAGAGAGGAGGCCCUGGAUCAGCAAGAGGCGUUCGUGGUGCGAGAGGAGGCGCCCAACAACAAAGAGGCCGCGGGGUACGUGGUGCAAGGGGUGGCCGCGGUGGAAAUGUAGGAGGAAAGCGCAAAGCUGAUGGGUACAACCAGCCAGAUUCCAAGCGGCGCCAGACCAAUAAUCAGAACUGGGGCUCCCAACCCAUUGCUCAGCAACCGCUCCAAGGUGGUGAUCAUUCUGGUAACUAUGGUUACAAAACUGAAAACCAGGAGUUUUAUCAGGAUACUUUUGGGCAACAGUGGAAGUAGAAACAAUAGGGAAUCUGUAAAAUUGGAGACUGAUAGAUUGGCCAGAAACUGGCCCUAAAUCUAAACAGGUGCAGUUAUAAUUUGAGACAUCUGGCAAGAUUUUCCCUUUAUGUAUAUAUUUUAACAAUCCAAUCCGCUUGGACAUGAACAAAGCCACACUUAUGUUUCUGGCGAACUGAUUUUAUUUUUACUUUUAUUUUUUUCCAAUAAUGGUAUUCUUAGUUAAGAGAAAAAUGAGUUGGCAUUCCUGAUUGAGAAUUUGGCUCAUUUGGCUGUAGUACAUACAAUGUUUCUGGGUAGUGUUUAGAUUUGGUGUCUUGAAAGGUAGUUGAUUAAAAACCAAGUAUGUCUUUAAUAUCUUGUAUCAGAACAACUAUUUGUAUGUUACCAACUUAAAUUGCUAGAAUAAGGUAAAUUGGUACACAACUGCUAUUUUUAAUUUAGAACUUUGACCUAAUUGGGUUUUCAAAACCAUUUGGCUACUUGUAUUCUUUAUGCUGUUGUUAAUUUCAAUAAAAAAUUCACACCUAAAUGUA